UGAACAGGCUGAGUACGCAUAUAUACACCUCAACCCCCAAAGAAAAAAAGCAACAACAACAAGAGCAGCGGCAGAAAUGCAACGACGCCAUUAACUUGUUUGACCUAACAAAAGUAACAAAAGCGACAGAGAAAAAUUACUUUUGCGUGGGUGGAGUGGGACUGACAAUUGAUGCUCGUUUAAAAGCGUUGGUACUUCUAAUCGGAAUAAUUAUUUUUGGCUCUCGACUCGUCAGUCUAAUGAUGUCGCUCGUCAAUGACAACAACGUGCAACAGGUGACCAGUUUUAUGCAGGAGCAGCUAAACAAUGCUCUGGACUGGUCCGAGCGCCACCAAUUGCGCUCCUGGCUGAGCGCUUUACUGUGUGGUUUUAUUGUAUCUCUGUUUCACUAUGCGAUCGUUUAUUUCGAUAGCGCUGUGCCAGGUGUUAGCCCCCCAACGCCUUUCUCACCACGUUCUAAACGCGACCGGGAGAGGAGCACUUCGUUGCACUUGAACUAUUUGUGUGCGUUUGGUACAGGUGCAAUGGUAACGUUGUUUAUGAUUGUAGAUUUCUAAUGUCGCCUUGCUAAUUUCUUUUAGCAGUAUUAGUAUUAAAAACCAGUAAAAUUGUCUAGUAAUAUAUUUAUUUAUGAAAAGUAUUAUGUUAACUGUGCAAUUACGCAAACAUAGUUUCUAACUAUUUAUGAAUUCUUAUCAAAGCUAUAGAAGCUAAACUGAAUGAUUGAAACUAAGUAACUAAGUAAAUAACUUACUAAUAUAAAAGAAGUACAA